GGCCGAUAAAGUCCUUUGGAGCCUGCAUCUGAAUCAUCUUGCUUUGUUCCGUAAGAUUGCAUGAGGGAGAGCAUACUUACACGGUGGUUCUGACUCAGAACGGAAGGGUUUGUUGGAUCAUGGGAACUCCCUACGAUGCGAGCGUACGGUUUCUCGGAGGAUAGGUUUGCGUUCAUCGAUGGGCGGGCUCGCGACACGACACGGCGGUGGUGAGAUGACCCAAGGCACCCGGGAAAGUGAUAGACAAAACGAAGUAAUGGGCUGCAUAGGGGCCAAUGAAGUUAUGGACCGGAAUUUCGUAUUUUUGGGCUACGACGUCGAAGGAACAAAGACCGGCAGGUCUGGCCAAGAGUCGGUAAGGCUACCCUGCCAAUGUUCGGAUACGCUGGCCAGACAUCCUGGAAAGCGCAAGUAAAUUAUGUGGGACGAGGUCUUCGUCGAGGCACUUCCACUCGUGGAUGAGAAAGCUCCAUUAGAAUGGCGCAGGGCUUCCUUGGACCAUUGGACCAGUACGCCGCGAUGACCCAAGACUGUUUAGGAUGCAACCGUAGACCAGUAGCACAUGUUUAUGGGACCUGCGACGAAGGCAGCGUUCUUAAAAAACCCUCUUCGAGCUUCAUCGACAUCGCUCGACGGUGUUUGCGCGACUGAGAUACCGGGAAGACGACUGGAAGCCUUGGCGCGCGCACGAGUGGUGGAAUCUGGUCCACAUACGCAAUCACUUUGUGGUGCCUGCGUAUAGAAUUCACAUGAUACCGGGCCC